AUGCUCUCGCAGACUUCAGACAGUCCACUCUCCAGCGAGACGAGUGCUCGCGCAGUAUUGUCGCUUGUUGGGGCCUUUCUGGCGCUAUUCUGCUCUGUUGGCAUCGCCAAUGCCUUUGGUGUCUUCCAAGCAUACUACAUCGAGCAUCAGCUGGCCGACCGUUCCGACUUUGACAUAUCCUGGAUUGGUUCCCUCGCCCUCGGCAUCAUGUUCGCCAACGCCCCGCUCGUGGGUAUUCUGGUUGACCGUGUUGGUGCUACGAUACUGCUCAUAUCUGGAAGUACAGGUCUGCUCCUCAGCGUAUUCAUGACCUCCCUCGCCUCCAAGUACUACCACUUCAUCCUCGCUCAGGCUGUCCUACAAGGCCUUAGCAUGUCCUUUGUAAUGUUUCCUGCCAUCGCCAUCAUUUCGAAGAACUUUCACAAAAAUCGAGGUCUGGCUCUCGGAAUAACCAUAGGUGGUUCGUCCAUCGGAGGGCUGAUCUGGCCCAUUGUGUUGGACGAGCUCCUCAACCAAGACGCCGUGAGUUUUGGCUGGACCCUGCGCAUCGUGGCCUUUAUCAUGCUUCCCUUACUCUUGCUCUCCUGCCUUUUUGUCAGACCCUCGCAGCCCAUGCCCAGUCCCAAAGUCCAGUCCGAGAAACCAAAGACGGACCUCUCCAUUGCCAAAAACCCAGCAUUCAUCAUCCUUUGCACGGGCUUGGCUGUCAUCUACCUCGGAAUCUUCAGCCCAUUCUUUUAUGUUUCUUCGUGGGCCAGCUCCCUUGGCAUGUCGACAAGUCUAUCUUUCUACAUGAUCUCCUUCCUCAACGCCGCCUCGCUGUUCGGACGCAUUCUGCCUGGCUUUCUGGCAGACCGCUACGGCCAUUUCAACCUCUGCGCCGGAGCGGCCCUGCUAUCUGGAAUCAUUGCAUUCUGCUGGACUACCACCAGGAGCGAGGCCGGUGUCGUUGUUUGGUCCAUUUCAUACGGUUUCACAUCCGGGGCCAUCCUGAGCCUUCAGACAGCUUGCGUGGCGAAGAUUGCAACCCGAGAGACCCAAGGAACCGCCGUGGGUCUCCUCAUGGGAUCUGUUGCCUUGACAGCUCUGUUCGGUACCCCAAUCUCCGGACAACUUGUUGGUCAAUACGGAUACCUCGCCCUGUCCAUGUUCUCAGGCGCGACUUUGGUUGUGGGCUCACUCCUCAUCACAUGGGCGAGGCUAAGACUUGACGGGAAAUGGGUUGCCGCCGUGUAA